CCUCUGCUCCACAACUUCCAACCCCACCACCCCUCCUCCCACUCCAUUAUAAUAAAAGAAUAGAGAAAAGAGGGAGCAGCAGUAGAGACAGAAGAGAAAAGAGCCUUGCAACACAAUUCUUCUCCCCUGCCCUCCACUCAUUGCUACAUUCCUUUAAUCAAGGGAUGAUGCAGGGGAGUACUAGAAGGAGGGCUGAAGCUAGAAAUGGGGUGGUGGCUGGCUCUGUCUGGGAUAAGAGGAUGAGAAUGGAUGAAGUGAAGGGUGGGAUGAAGGUGUUCAAUGGCGACAAGGGCCGCAAAGAUGAUGGGAAUGCCGACGAGGAUGGUGUCAGAACGUACCCAAAGCUUAGGCGAAACCAGAGCGAUAGCGUCUCAAUGGAGAGGAGGAAGAGGAGGACGGCGGCCGGUGGGUCGAUAGAGAAAAGCCCCGUUCAGCUGAGGAAAGCAAAAUCAGACUUGUCGAAUUCUCCAAAGAUUAGCAAUGGGCAUUGUGAGGAAAUUGGAGAGGAGAAGGACGUUUUGGGUGGUGCAGAGAAUGGUGGUGGGGUUGGGGAGAAACAAGUACUGCUUAUAGGUGAUGGGUGUGAGGAUGGUGGAGAUGAAGAGGAGGAGGUCUGUGAGAUUGAGGUAGAGGAGGAGAAGAAGAGCUUUGAUGAUAAGGAAAUGGAUAUACCAGUGGAGAAACAAAAGUGUGAGGAGGAUGAGGAGAGAAUUAAUCCGAUCCCGGUCGAGAAGCCGAAGAAUGUGGAGGAGGAGGAGAAGAGAAUUAAUAAGAUCGAUGAGAUAUCGGUGCCGCCCAAAGUAGAGAAGAAGCCGAUGCCGCCGGUGAAUCGCCGGGCAAUUCAUCCAGAAGCCGUAAAACCUACUCCCUCAGUUGAAGUAGAAGAAGAAAUUUUUGUGAGCACAUCUGGGACCACCCAAAGCAAAAUGCAGAACAUUGUGAAUUUGGUGAUGUGGAGGGAUGUAUCGAAAUCGGCAUUCAUCUUUGGUUUCGGGACAUUCUUCCUCGUCUCCUCUUCCUAUGUCCAGGAUCUUCAAUUCAGCCUAAUUUCAGCAAUGUCCUAUCUGGCUCUUGUCUAUCUCGCUUUAAUUUUCUUUGUCAAGUCCAUUCUCCGAAGGGGAACUACCACAGAAUAUGAUGAAAUGGAUGAGAGGUAUAUGGUGGGAGAGGAGGAGGCUAUCUGGCUACUGAGGCUGUUCCUUCCUUACAUAAACGAGCUAUUGUUAAAACUCAAAGCUCUUUUCUCUGGGGACCCUGCAGCUACCUUGAAGCUGGCAGUGCUACUAUUUGUGAUGGCCAGGUGUGGAGGCUCCAUCACGAUAUGGACAACGGCCAAACUGGUGUUCUUCGGAGUCUUCACCAUCCCAAAAGUUUAUUCUUCUUAUUCAACUCAGCUGGCAAGAUACGGGAAAUUUUGGUUGGAGAGAAUUAGAGAUGGUUGGGAGUCAUGCACCCACAAGAAAGCAGUAGCUGCGGCCAUCUUCACCCUCAUAUGGAACCUCUCCUCCGCUGUCGCUCGUAUUUGGGCCGUGUUCAUGCUGGUUGUGGCAUUCAAAUUUUACCAGCAAUGCAUAGUGGAUGAGUGGAGUGGGCAAGAGGAUGUGGGGGUGGAAGAAGGACAAGAAGAUUCCAAGCUAGGACAGAACCAUGUUCUUGGACUAGUACACCGACAGAGAGGUGGGCCAAGGCCUAAUGAGGUGAAGAUAAAGAAAAGAAUCUGAGAGUAGGGGAUGGAAGAGGAGACUGUAGUUUUUGUGGCCAUGGCCCAAUUGGAAAGAAAAUAGUCUAAAGGAGAAGAGAGGAGGGUGGGAGGUGUCAGCAAUCUUUUUCUCUUAAGAGGGCAUCUUCAUCAAUCACUAGGUCACUCUAGCAGAUGGAAUCCCUCUCAAGCAGAGGCCAAUAAUAAUAUUUACUAUUUUUCCUCUGUGCAGCAGAUGUAAUCCCUCCUAGGCAGAGGCCAAUAAUAAUAUUUAGUACUUUUCCUCU